GUGUUGUACUUCAUACGGGGCCAACCAAGAUAAUGUUGCUUACGGAUCUAUUGUUGUGUCGCUACGCAAUUGAUCAACACUUGGGGGCGGCAGCAGGUAAUAUUUAACUUCUAAAAACAGGGGGAAAUGUCUGAACCACAGAGGAAGAGGGGGGGUUUUAGAUGGACUGUAUAACAGGAGGUAUGAGCCAGCAAUCCAGAUCCCUGAGAGGCACCAUGGAGGAAGCAUCGGUCAGAGUUCUGCUCAUUGUGGCUGCAGUACUGAGCUUCUCUACUAAACAAGUCCUCCCAGCUGCUCUGACUGUGAGUCCCAGCAGAUCUCAGUUCUUUAAAGGAGACUCUGUGUCUCUGAGCUGUGAGGAGAACAACAGCUCUGCUGGAUGGACUGUAUGGAGGAACACAACCAGAGAAACCAGGACUCAGUGUGGAGAUGGAUGGGGGAAACUAGCUGGUUCUACCUGUAAGAUCACCUUAUAUCCCUUAGACAGUGGAGUUUACUGGUGCUGGUCGUCCAGAGAGGGAGCAGCCAGCAGCAGCAUCCAGCUCACUGUCACUGGUGGAUCAGUGAUCCUGCAGAGUCCUGUCCUCCCUGUGAUGGAGGGAGAUGACGUCACUCUGAGCUGUCUAACAGAGACCACUCCCUCCAACCUCCCAGCUGCUUUCUAUAAAGAUGGCUCCUUCAUCGGGACUGAGCCCAAAGGUCACAUGACCCUCCACCAUGUGACCAGCUCUGAUGAAGGCCUCUACAGGUGUAACAUCAGGGGUCAUGGAGAGUCUCCAUCCAGCUGGAUCUCUGUUGAAGUUGUGGCUGCUGUACCGAGCUGCUCUACUAAACAAGCUGCUCUGACUGUGAGUCCCAGAAGAUCUCAGUUCUUUGAAGGAGACUCUGUGUCUCUGAGCUGUGAGGAGAACAGCAGCUCUGCUGGAUGGACUGUAUGGAGGAACACAACCAGAGAAACCAGGACUCAGUGUGGAGAUGGAUGGGGGAAACUAGCUGGUUCUACCUGUAAGAUCACCUUAUAUCCAGCAGACAGUGGAGUUUACUGGUGUUCCUCCAGAGAGGGAGCAGCCAGCAGCAGCAUCCAGCUCACUGUCACUGGUGGAUCAGUGAUCCUGCGGAGUCCUGUCCUCCCUGUGAUGGAGGGAGAUGACGUCACUCUGAGCUGUCUAACAAAGACCACUCCCUCCAACCUCCCAGCUGCUUUCUAUAAAGAUGGCUCCUUCAUCGGGACUGAGCGCAGAGGUCACAUGACCCUCCACCAUGUGACCAGCUCUGAUGAAGGCCUCUACAGGUGUAACAUCAGGGAUCAUGGAGAGUCUCCAUCCAGCUGGAUCUCUGUUCAAGGUCAGCAGAUUCUCUCUCUGCUUUAACCUUCAUUAUGAAAC